ACAUAGUGUCUUCCCCGUCCUCUGCAUGUGUCCAUGUUAGAUGUCAGCCCGGGCAUCUCAUCUACUUUCCUGCACUCUUUCUUGGCUGUUAACAACUGUCUUAAGCUUGCCCAACUGUCUGGACUGAACAAGUUUUAAGUGUACAGUCUUAAGGCAGAAUUCCAGCAUUUAAAGUUUCUCAAUCGUUGAUCAUAGCAAAAUGCCAUUGGGAGAGGAUGAACAUUCCUGGAAAAAGAAAACAUCCAGCAUCAAGGAAAUCUAUGACUUCAAAGAAGUUUUGGGAACGGGGGCUUUCUCUGAAGUGGUGCUUGCUGAAGAGAAGAGGACGAGAAAACUAGUGGCGAUAAAAUGCAUCCCGAAAAAAGCUCUGGAGGGAAAGGAAAACAGCAUUGAGAAUGAGAUUGCUGUGCUCCACAAGAUUAAACAUGCCAACAUAGUUUCCCUAGAGGACAUCUAUGAGAGUAAAUCACACCUCUACCUUGUCAUGCAACUGGUUUCCGGUGGUGAACUCUUUGACAGGAUUGUGGAAAAAGGAUUUUACACAGAGAAAGACGCCAGUAAGCUCAUCCAACAGAUCUUGGACGCUGUGAAAUACCUACAUGACAUGGGCAUCGUGCACAGAGAUCUGAAGCCAGAGAACCUGCUGUAUUACAGUAUGGAUGAAGACUCCAAAAUAAUGAUCAGUGAUUUCGGCCUGUCAAAGAUCGAAGGUUCGGGCAGCGUGAUGAGUACAGCGUGUGGCACACCAGGAUAUGUGGCUCCUGAGGUUCUGGCACAGAAGCCGUACAGUAAAGCAGUGGACUGCUGGUCAAUCGGAGUCAUCGCAUACAUCCUUUUAUGUGGAUAUCCGCCAUUUUACGAUGAAAAUGAUGCAAAGCUCUUUGAACAGAUUCUGAAGGCAGAGUAUGAGUUUGAUUCACCAUACUGGGAUGAUAUCUCUGACUCAGCCAAAGAUUUCAUCGUGCAUUUAAUGGAGAAAGAUCCCAGCCUGCGUUACACAUGCGAACAGGCUCUUCAGCACCCCUGGAUCGCUGGAGACACAGCACUGGACAAGAACAUCCAUGAAUCUGUCAGCGCCCAGAUCAAAAAGAACUUUGCCAAAAGCAAGUGGAAGCAAGCAUUUAACGCCACAGCAGUAGUUCGUCACAUGCGCAGGCUGCAGUUGGGAACCAGUCAAGAAGGCCAGAUGCAGUCCACCCUGCCCAGCCCCUGCCAUGGACACCUGCUGCUGGCCGAAGGAGAUGAGGAAGAGAGCUCCCUGCAGAGGGAAAAUAGUGGCUGUUCCGAGGAUGUCAGUGAAGGAAACGACACCCAAAACUGCACCUACCACGUCCAUCCCACCAGUCGGGUCUGAGUGUCAAUUAUCCUACAGUAACCAAUGACUGACUGUCCUGUUUUUCCAUUGGUGUCCUGCCACACCCCAGUCUGACCAGGAAUACUGAGUAACUCCAGCUUCCUGCCACAAGGAGGCACGGCAGUGUAAAGAACCUAGGUGGGAACAGGGUCACUACUAUUCCAAUGAAAGGAUUCUGUUUAAUGAAAGGAGAGUUCAAAAAGAAAAGAGACAAGAAGAUUGCCAGAGGUGCUUUAUGCGUAAUAUAUGCUAUUGUGGGAGCUGGAUAGUGUUUGGACAGUGUUUUAACUAAUUUUUAAAACAUCUAUUUUUAUGUAAUUUCCUGAACUAGGAGUAUAGUGGGCCUAUAUCUGUCUAUGUCUGUCUUCUUUAAAAAAAUGAGUGCCACGUUUUGCCUAAAGGUUGUUUUCUAUGGCUGUUGGUAUGUGGCCUAAUUCAGUCCACACAAUAGUUUUAGAUCUGUCAAGAUUUUACAAGGUUGCAGAAAUAUUGAAUUUUGCAGGGCACACUUCACAACAGGUUUCACAGCCAUGAGAUUUUACAAGAUUCCACAUCUCGAUUGCUCUGCACUUCCAUAAGAGGCACUAAUUAAGUCUAAAUUACAUUUUGAUUUGUCUUUGGUUCACUUUUUAAGGUUGUGUUACACCAUGUCUACUCAACAAAUCUUUAACUCAUUGUCAGUAUGCUUAAGAGCCUUUUUGUGGCAUCGGAUGUUUUCUGUCGUGCCUUCAUGGAUUCAGUAUCAAUGUUGUAUUUUUUUAUUUGUUCACAAAUUUCUUUGUUCUAUUUUUGUCUUAUUAGUUGGGAAUGUUGUAAGCUGUACAUGUUAAAACGGUUGUUUACUGUCAAGUUUACCUACAAGGCUAUAGCUUUACUAUGUCGGUAGACCCUUUGUAAAUGUGUAAUGUGUGCUGCCAUCCUUGUAAAUACUGCAGAGCUUUUGUUUCAUCUUCAUAUUUUGUAAACCCCUUUCUAUUACAGCGUUAAAGUACUCAGGGGAGGAAUAGAAAUCAGAGGAUUUUGAUAUAUUGAGUGGUCGUUUUACAAGGGAAAAAAGCUAUAGGAAACUGAAAUACACAUCACUACAAGGCUAUGCUUCUAACUAUAUUUGACAUUCUGGAUUCUUUUCGAUGUUGGAACCUGUAUGAAACUAACCUCCAUUAAAGGAUGUGAAUGUGUGACUUUA